AUGCGCCGCCGGCGCGGCUCGGAGCGGAGGCACGGGGACCGCCCGUGCCGCUGCCACGGAGCCGCUGCGGGAGGGUCCGCGCCGGCUCCAACGUGCGCGGAGCCCCCGGGCGGGCGGGGAGCAGGCACGAAACGAAGUCCGUGCAGCACGCAGGGAGCGCUCGGCCGCGUGACUCCCCACGGGAGAACUUCGCGACCGCGCCCGGUGCCCGCGUCCCGCCGCGCAGGAAGGCUGCGGGGAGCUGACCGCCCGCGGCCGCCGGGGCGACCGCCGGGGCGACCUCCCGCCGCCCCGCCGGGCAGGCCUCUUCAGAUAUUGAAAGACCACAGUCAGGUCACCCUGAAACCUUCUCUUCUCCAGGCUGAACAAUCCCAGUUCUCUCAGCCUUUCCUUCAGGAGAGCUGCUCCACCCCUCUGAUCAUCUUAGUGGCUUCCUCUGGACCUGUUCCAAGAGGUCCCUGUCCCUCCUGUGCUGGGACCCCAGAGCUGGAUGCACGACUCCAGCUGGGUCUCACCAGAGCGGAGCAGAGGGGCUGAACCAGCAGGUUCCAGGUGACAAAAGCAAUGCAGAAAUAGGAACCUACCCGAGGCCCUGCCUCACAGAGUGUCAUUCUGGGCACGUCCUGUCAGGAUUAGAUGAAAUUUCAUACAAGAAUAUGCUUACUCCUUCGGAAUUCAGUUUAGGAAACAGAGCUGUCAGCUCCACUAUUCUCAGAUCACCUGCACGCAAUAAAAUUCAUGAGGCACUGCUGGUUGGAGAGCUGUGUUAUAAAAAGCCUUUCCUGCAAGACUUUUUCCCCCAAGUUUCCCAUUGAUUAGGAGUUUUGCAUGUGGAGUACUUAAAGGAACAGGCUUCAGCUGCCAGUGCCAAAAUCUCUGUUUUUAAAAGUUGUUCCACUCUCCCUCAGAUUGCUGAGUAAGGGCUGGAAGAAAAGAAUAGCAGUGAGAUAGGACAGGGACUGAGGGGAAAUUUCAACAGAGAAAGGAAAAGGAGAAGGAAGGAAGAGUAGAUAAAUCAAAAGUUGCUGAAAAGUAGAGGAAAGUGCAAAGAGCAGCCCUUACAAUGUCAGGGAAAGGAGAAUCCAACGCUUAGAUCCACUGCUUAACCAAAGGACUGGAAAAGUGCAAACAGGAAAAAGGGCAAUUGCAGAAAUUGCACAUUCCAGCAAUACAGACAACGGCGGGAGCAGUGAAACAAAAGCAACACAGACCUCAUACACACCCCUGGAAGAGCCACGGGACCAUGCUGGGAGCAUGGAUUGACCAGCAGCCGUGUCCUGCCUCACACUUGGAAAGACAGGUGGUUGUGAUGGCAGGAAACAGCACUUUCUGUUCCCUUCAGUCAGUGCUGGUGCUGACUGCAAGUCAGGGUCUGGUCAGCUACCACGAUACAAUGAGGGGAAAACAUUGCUGCAAAGCCCAGUCAUCAUUUCCACUCACUGGAGCUGCCUUCAGCAGGGAACGGACACAGCAGCCGGGGGAACUGGAGUGGAGUUCGGAUGCCAUCGUGUGACUCCCUGAAAAAUUACACAGCUGGCCUGUCUGCCUCAGCUUCCUAACACCUGCCCUCAAGUUUGUUAAAGCAUGAAAGAUGCUGCAAUAUAAGACAAAGUCUAAUUUUAAAAUAUUUUUAAAUGUCAUGUACAGUACCUGC